CAAAUUGCCUGUCUAUCUUCAGCAUAACCUGAGUUUCGAUCUCAUGGCUCAGCUGUAUGAGCACAAGCUUCCUGAUUAUAUUUUUACUGAGAAACUUGGACAAGGAACGUAUGCGACCGUCUUCAAAGCGUACCACAAGACAGGUGCACGACGAGUCGUUGCCAUAAAAUGCAUCUCCAAAAGCUCCCUCACGAAGACAGCAACCGAGAAUUUGCUCACGGAAAUAGCUAUACUGAAAAAAAUAAAGAACGAGCACAUUGUGGAACUUAUAGACUUCCAGUGGAAUCAGCAGUUUAUUUACCUGAUUAUGGAGUACUGCGCCGGCGGCGAUUUGCAUCGCUUCAUACGGGUCAACAAACGACUUCGAGAGUCAAUAGUUCGCAAGUUUCUUCAGCAGCUUGCAAAGGCAUUGCGGGUUCUUCAUCAACACAAUAUUGCUCACAUGGACCUGAAGCCACAAAACAUCCUCCUCUCUUCUGUGCGAAAUCCUUCACUGAAGCUCGCAGAUUUUGGGUUUGCACAGUAUUUGCGAUCAGGUGACCUGGCCAGCUCUCUUCGAGGAUCUCCAUUAUACAUGGCUCCGGAAAUGCUGCUCAGUGAUCAAUAUGACAACAAAGUAGACCUGUGGUCUGUUGGCAUCAUCAUGUAUGAAUGCCUUUUUGGAAGUGCCCCUUAUGCGUCGCCAACUUUUGAGGAGGUAGCGGCCAAAAUUCGCACUGAAAAGCCUAUACAGCUUCCACAAGGUGCAUCAGUGUCCGACUGCUGUGCAGACCUGCUGCUGAAGCUUCUUCAGCGGAAUCCCGAGAAACGUAUAGGCUUUGAAGAAUUCUUUGCCCAUCCAUUUGUGGACUUGGAGCACAUUCCGAGCGCAGAAACUCUUCAGAAAGGAGCCUCUCUGAUUCAGCAGGCAGUGGCCAAGGACAGCCAGGGUUGUCUUCGAGAAGCACUACACCUCUAUUGCCAGGGCCUGCAGUACCUGCUGCCUGUUUUACAGAACGAGACUGACUUGGAGAAGUGGAAAUCAUUGCAAGCAAAGGUCAGUGAAUACCUUCAGCGUGCUGAAACCCUCAAGUCAACACUGAAGUCAAGGGAAGCUAUUGUCAUUGAGGAUGACAGACAUGGAGGUGGCACAGAAUUUGAGGACAUAUGUGAUCGGUAUCCACCUCUCCAGAGUGCCCUUCUCCUGGUCAACUCUGCGAAAAAACUGGCUGUCGCAAAUAGGCUUAAGGAUGCUCUGAAGACAUACCAAGAUGCUUUAGAUAUUGUCAUUCCUUUCAUGAACAAAUGCAGGCCAGAUGAGAAGGAGGUGCUGAGAGCAGAGGCUGAAAAAUGGCUUGAGGCUGCGGAGCUAGUCAAAUCGUACAUGGCCAUGCAGACCAUGGAGGUCGGAAGGACGGCUCCCGUGAAAUCAGAACAAUCGUGCACGAUACAGUGAAAUAUUGUCGUGUGGAAUGGUUGUCACCGAGCCUUGUAUAUCUGUAAAUUAUAUGUUGUGUUCUUUGUUGGUAUGUUGCAUGUAGGUACUGUCGCUGUAUUAGGCUUUAAAAGGACACAAAAGAGAAGUUUUGACUGAUAGGCUAUGUCACUGGUGCAGCGAUCUGUUGGUGUCCUGAGCUCUUCUUUUACGAGGCAGUUUAGUCAAUACAGCUCAGUUGUGCUUCAUUACAUUUUGGUUAAAUCUGAAGGCAUACUUAUAUUUUAAUUAUAACUUUCAGAUUUUGAAAUAUGCACAAAUAAAUUAUGCAUCUUUUAAAUAGAAGCAGCAGGCUGGUUGAUGUUUGUUAUCAGAUCUUGCCAAUAUAAUCUCUUGUGGUGUACAACCUGGAGGGCAUGUCGUACCCACAGCUUCAGAAAGAAAAUAUUAUGCUAAAAACUAAGCAGCAACACGAAGGAAGCUACAGUCACUGUCAUACUUAAAUUAAUCAGAUCACACGUCCAGCAUGCUGUUUUGAUUCUGUCCGUGCUAUGUGUCUUCUUUCAGCGACUAUAGAUGUAUAGUGUGUUUACAGUGUGUUUUACAGUGAGGCUGUGGUAAAUUUGUAAAUUUAUAGGGUCGUCUGGUUGGAGACUGCAUAUAGGAGCCUGUGUUUGUACCCGUUAGAAUGUCUUAGAGCUGGCAUCUUAUUUAAUGGGUAGACACAACUCUCAUAUUCAACACCAGCAUCACUGGUUCACUGUGGGAAGCAGCUCAGGGCUGGAGCAGUCUGCCCAGCUGGGUCUAUUUUGGACAGAAAUUUGUUAGCUGAAUACCUGCCUGAUGGCAUGCUUAAGGCAUGAUGCCAUGGUGUAGUACCUACUGUAAUAAGUAUUGGGAGCACUUCUUUACAAUCGACUAGCAUCAUCGAACUGCCCUGUGCAGAAUGAUGUACAGAAAAGCUCUUUUGACCCAGUUUAUUGAAACACUUUUAAACUAUCAAACAGUGAAAUAUGUCGUAGGUGUCCUUGCUUAACCUUUUGGAAACAACAAGAAUUAAAUAUGGAUCUUCCCCUAGUAUCCCUUUGAUAACACACAUAGGGACAAUGAAUGUGUUCAAAGCAGCAUUUAUUGAAUGAAAAGAUUUUUUAUAUUGUUCAAACAGUAUAAAUGUGCUGCAUAAUGUUGUGCACGUUUAUGUUAUAAAUAUUGUUGUGUACAGUUAUUGACAAGGUGUUCAUUAAAGCAGCUUAUCACAGUUACA